UCAAAGCAGUAGGAAACUACUGAAGCUAUUUGAAGUAGGGAAGUAAUGUGACAUAAUCAAAUCUGUGCUUUAUGAGUAUCAGUUUGGUGACUGAAAAUGGAUUCAAGUGGGGAGAAUCUGACUACAGAGAGACAGGUUAUCUGUAGUCCAGGUAAGGUGAUGAGGGCCAGAACUAGGAUGGUUGGUAUGAAUGGAGACAGUGAGUUGACUGUGAGGCAGAUAACUGUUUUGUAUGUAUUUUUGAUAAACUUUGGGGGUGGGGCUGAUUCUAGGGCCCAGGCUAUAUCCAUUGCUAACUACAUGGUGCAAGAUACAAAGACAAAAAUGACAGCUUACAUGAUGUCUGUUACCUACGAGGGCUUUAUGUGUGUAGAAUUUGAUCCCCACAACAUCCCUGAAAGGUAGAUGCUAUUAUGAGCCCCAUUUUUACUUUUGAGGAAACCAAGACAGGUUAAGUGAUUUGUCCAAGGUCACACAGCUAGUAAGCUUCUAGAGCCAGAUUUGGCCUGGUGUAUUCCUGAGUCCAAACCCAUUUUGUUGUCCUCUAGCUGCCUUAAUGAAACAGCUCUUGCCCUUGAGAAAUUCACAAUCCUGGUAGACUAGGAAUGGUUUGGGAUUGGAUGUACAGGAUGUAUAUAUACAGGUAAAAAUAUUUACCAAAUAAAGGCAAAAUAAUUGGGAAAACAAUCAGGAAAGGUUUUUUGAAGGAAGUAGUAGUUGAAUUUGAAGGAAGCUAGGAUUUCCAAGAGGCAGAAUAAGGAGGAAGAGUAUUCCAAGUAUGGGAGAUAACUGUGCAAAAGCUUGAAGGUAGUGCAUGAAUCGGCACAUUUUGGGAAUAUCAGAUAUCGAGAUGUGGCGGCAUUCCCAAUGUCAUCCGUCCACGACUGAAGUCGUCCAGGCCACGCCAUCUUCCAACUUGGAGUUCCAGGUGGUUGGUUGGGUUUGGUAGGGGCUAGAACCCUAGUUUGGCUAAAAUGUACAGUUUACAAAGGGAAGUUGUUAGAAUCCUUACAAAGUGUUAAGUCCUUAGAAUUGAUAGAGACAAUAGUUAUCUAAUUUAGUCUGGUUCAGUAUGAUUGAUCUGAUCCUACAAGGAGAUGUUAUGGGCCAGAACUUGAAACAAGGUACUAAGUGGAACUGAGGAGAUAAUGUUUAAAUCUAGUUUAGAAUUGAUUUAAUCCUACAACAAAUAAUGGUUUCCCAGUGAUAUAAUGAUUGGUGUGUACUCAGUGUACAGCAUAUAAACAAGAAGCACUCUGGGAGAUAAAGAAGCCCACUCUCAGAGGCGGAGUCAGAUUCAUUCCAUUUUCCACCUUUGUACUGGCUGGAGGCUGAAAGACAAACCUUUGGAUUUGGAGACAUUCAGAGGGAGCUCUUAGAACCAAGGAGAGAGAUAGGUCUCUAUUAAAGCUAACCGGGCCCAAGGAAAGAGACAAGACUUGGAAGGAGAAAAUAAAUGUUUGGAUUUUAUCAGCUGGCUGCAUUUGAAGUGAUUAUUAUGUUGAACUGAAACUAAGGCUGCCUCUGAAAACCUCCCCAAUAAACCUGCUUCCAGAGAGAACCAUCAUAUAUUAUAUAAAAGAAAAAGAACACCACAGAAAAUAAUAUAUAAUCAGGCUGAAAAGAUAAGCUGGAGCUAAAUUGUGCUCUUUAAAUGUCAAACAUAAGAAUAUGUAUUCUAUCCCUAGAGCAAUAGGUAACCCCUGAAGCUGUUUGAACUAGGGAAGGGUGAGGUGGUCAAAUCUGUGUUUUAUGAGUAUCAGUUUAGUGACUAAAAGAUGAAUUCAAGUGGGCAAGUCCAGAUACAGGGAGAGCAGUUAAGUUACCUGUUGUCCAGGUGAGGUGAUAAGGGCCAGAAUUAGAGUGGAGACCAUGAGUUGGCUGUGAGGGACAUUUCUAUUUUAUGUAUAUUUUUUAGUUAACUUAUUUAUGUUAUAGUCUCCCACAAGUGUAUAUUUCUUGAGGACAGGGACUACCUUACUUUUGUCUUUGAAUCCCCAGAUUUUAGCACAAAGUUUAGCAAAUAGUAUUUCCUGGCAGAACCCUCUGGUAUGCUUAGUGGACAAAUACAUUUUGAAUACAGGCACAGAAAGGUGCAUGGGGUCAUCUGUGGUGUUUAUAGGAAUAAGCAAUCAAAACUCUUCCUCUUCAUCAUGAACUGGUAGUAUCUUCACUCAGAACCCAUAAAUAUCCUUUAGCAAAUAAUAACAAACCUGACAUAAAUGCCUUCCAAAUCCAAGGUCUAGAUUGGCAAUAGACACUAAUAACAAUGUCAUGCUAUAUCCUGUGGAAUUCAUUCUGGAGUGAAAUGUUAUUUCACAAAAGUUUUCAUAGCUAGAUUCUAACUAUACUGUGUUAGUCUUUCCCAGAAAAACUGCUGACUGGUGGUAAGUGAAGAAGAUGGCUAUAAGAAGUGGAAGGUGGGGGAGAAAAAGAAUGUGUAGAGGUAGAAUGAAGGUAUCAAAACUAAUAAUCAAAAAGUUGGAUUCUUUGGUUGACUUAUCAUACACAAUUAUAUGUGCAGGUGUAGCCACUGAAGAGUAAUGCUGAUGGAUACCCUAGGGGUCAGCUGUGUUACACUGGGAGGGACCAGCUCCAUGGGGGAAACUACUAUAACAGAGUCUCCUAAAAAAGAAGUACCUGACCAGCUUGGCACUGAAGCCCCAACAUCUGGGGCUAAGACAGCUUGUGAGGAUGGUUCCAUAAUGAUGCCUUCAAUCUCUCUUGGACUUGAGGAUCCGUCCAGUAAAGAAAGCCACCCAGAUUCUCACCAAGAACUGGAAAGUGUCUCCAAACCUGAAGGGCAAGAUGCGCCUUCAGGGAUUCCAGGGAUCUCAAAGGUGAAGGCUCCAAAGACUAGCAGGAAGAAAGGUGUUCGGACUCGAAGAGGCCCAAGGAAAGGUGGAGUGGGAGCUAAGGAUGACUCCCCAUCUACCUUACAACAAGGCAACCCUCCACCAGGGACUCUGGGACCUAGUCCCUUGGAGCCAUCUGGCCCUCCUCCUACUACUAUCCCUAAGAAGCGAGGUCGAAAGUCAAAAGCCGAGCUGCUGUUGAUGAAAUUAUCAAAGGGGCUAGAGCAGCCUGAACCCCCACCUCCACAAAGUCCCCCUGAGAACCCUGAGGCUACACCAGGGGCACGACCCCGCCGGCGGGCUGCUAGAGUGGCACUUCUGUACCUUCAGGAACUGGCUGAGGAGCUCUCCUCAGCACUGCCUGCCCCAGUCUCUUGUCCCGAAAACCCCGAGGUGGGUGGCCAAGCUAAACGCGGUCAGGGCCGUCGGCGGGCAGCCUGGCACGGAGAGGAGGAAGAAGACGAUCCGGCCCGGGACGCAGACUUCGUGCUGCAGGCUGAGAUCGAGGAAGGAGGAGAGGAGAGUGAAGCCCCAAGUGAGAGCUCCUCCGACCUGGAGCUCACCGCGCUGCGGGGCAGUGGCCUUCGUGGGGCUGCCUCAGGGAAACAGAAACCACAAUGCCGGGGACUGGCUCCCAAUGGGCUUCCAAAUUCUAUCAUGGCUCCUGUUUGGAAAAGCCUCAGCCUCACCAAGACCCUCCGAGAGCAAAACCAUUCACACUGGGAGUUCCCUGAAUGGAUCCCUUCAGCCUUGAAGUGGCAGUUACUAUCUGAAAGUGAAGCAGCAUCAUACUUGCCUCAAGAGUUGAGGUCUCCUCUUUUCUCUGUGCAACGGGAAGGUCUGCCUGAGGACAGCACUCUUUAUAGGAUAAAUAGGUUUAGCUCACUGGCACCCCAUCCAGAGCGAUGGGAUGUGUCCUUCUUCACAGGAGGACCACUCUGGGCACUAGAAUGGUGCCCAGUACCUGAAGGUGCAGUUACUUCUCAAUAUGUGGCACUAUUCUGCAGUCCUAGCAUGAAUGAAACCCAUUCACUGAGCCGGCCUCAUGAAGGCCCUGGGCUUCUACAACUCUGGAACCUUGGGACACUGCAGCAAGAAAGCUGCCCAAGUAAUAAAGCCCACCUUGCCUAUGGCAUUGCUUGUGAUCACGGGUGCAUCUGGGACCUCAAGUUCUGCCCUAGUGGAGGCUGGGAGUUGCCUAACACCUCAAGAAAGGCUCCUUUCCUGCCCCGGCUGGGUCUCCUGGCUCUGGCCUGUUCAGAUGGAAAAGUGCUACUGCUUAGUCUACCCCACCCUGAAGAACUGCUGGCCCUUCAACCUCAAGAUGCUCUCAAACCUCCUAUCUAUAAGGUACAGUGUGUGGCCUCUCUUCAGGUGGGUUCAGUACAAGCAGGGGAGCCCUCUGAGUGUGGUCAGUGUUUCACCCUUGCCUGGAUGCCAACUCGGCCCCAUCAGCAUCUGGCAGCUGGGUUUUAUGAUGGCACAAUAGCAAUCUGGAACUUACCCACUACAUCAUUGUUGCAACGUGUUCGACUCCCAGAUGGCUCCUUGAAACUCUAUCCCUUUCACUGCCUCCCAGCCCAUGACCAAGCUGUGCGUUGCCUUCAGUGGUGCAAAGCUAAUAGUAACUUUCUAGUCUCUGCUGGAAGUGACCGGAAGAUCAAAUUCUGGGACUUAAGACGACCUUAUGAACCUAUCAACUGCAUCAAACGUUUCUUAAGUACAGAAUUGGCGUGGCUGCUGCCUUAUAGUGGAGUUACUGUGGCUCAGGACAACUGCUACGCCUCAUAUGGGCUUUGUGGAAUUCACUACAUCGAUGCUGGUUUCCUUGGUUUCAAGGCCUAUUUUACAGCCCCUCGAAAGGGCACUGUCUGGAGUCUGUCAGGCUCAGACUGGCUUGGGGCAGUGGCUGCAGGGGACAUGUCGGGGGAGCUCAUUGCUGCUGUGCUACCUGACAUGGCCCUCAACCCGAUGAAUGUCAAGCGUCCAGCUGAGCGCAGAUUUCCCAUAUACAAGGCAGAUUUGUUGCCCUACUGGGAGGGUUCUGAAGAACAAGAUCACCAUGCUGCCUCACCUUUGGUCCCUGGACCUCCCAAGGCCAGAACUUAUGCUGAAACAGUUGAACAUCACUACCUGCUCUUCAGAGACACAGACCUGCGUGGAUUCCAAGAUUUGCUUCAAAGGGAACCUGUACUUCGAAUGCAAGAAGGAGAAGGACGCUCUCAGCUCUGUUUGGAUAGGCUGCAGCUGGAAGCAGUUCACAAGGUACGUUUCAGCCCAAACUUGGAUACCUAUGGUUGGCUGAUUUCUGGGGGCCAGUCAGGACUGGUGAGGGUACAUUGUGUUCGAGGCCUUACCUCCCCCUUGGGCCACCGGAUGCAACUGGAGAGCAGAGCCCACUUCAGCGCCAUGUUCCGGCCACCUUCCCCACCUCAAGGGCCCAGCUUUCCCUCAACCAACUUCCACCUGCUGCCCAACCCAUAGUUUAUUGAACUUGAAGACCUGGGGAGUCAGGAUUCCUUGAUCCUGAUGCUACUUAGUAGCUACGUGACAUUUACAGCUCUGAGCCAAGCAAAUUGGAAACUUCCCCAAACUGCAAACUUACCCACGUCUCACAUCUUCGGAAUGGUACAGUAGAAUUUAUAGUCAGAGAACUUAGGUUUGAUUGCUGAUUCAUCCAGUUAUGGUGUAUGUAAUCAUGAGAAAAUCACUGGGGCCUCAAUUUUCUCAUCCAUAAUAUGAAGGAGUUGGACAAGACUUUGGAGGUUCCUUCCAGCUCUAAAUCUACAAUCUUGUUAGGCUAUAAGGACUGACUCCUCAGGACUCUACAGACUGAUCCUGUUCUCCACAAUCACUGCCCCCCCUGCUGGCAGGGGGUGUCCAGAUGUGAACUCUAGUCUUCUCAGCAAAUGCUGCAGAAGCAGCCCUAUGCAAGACAUGGGGUUUGGUGUCAAACUGCUCAUAUUGAGCCUGUUGUACUUGGAGGCAGAACUGAGUAAAGGUGCUGAGUGUUUUGGACUCUUA